UCCCCCUUCCUGCUUUUCGCUCUCCGACCGGAAUCCUCGCGAGACUGCUCAGGGCGCUCGGGACCGAUUUGAAUUAGGUAACGGCAGCAGCGCGGGAGCUGUGGCCGUACGCGAGGCCCGGAGCGGGGCUGACACGGACCGACGCGAUAGAUCAGCGCUUCCCAGCGCGGGGCCCGGCAGCAAUGGGAGCAGAGAAGAAGCUGCUGCAAAUCAAAGAUGCGUUCGAGAUGGCUCAGAAACCUCAUCAGAACCAUGCAAAACUAGUGGCAGCUUUGAAGCGUACCUACAAUCAGCUGAAGGAUAAGAUGGUUUUUCAUGAGGAGUUUGUUCAUUACCUUAAGUAUCCUAUGAUAAUCUACAAGCGGGAACCAGCAGUGGAACAAGUGAUAAAUUUUGCAGCUAAGUUUGUUACUUCAUUUGAUCAGCUGGAGAAAGAAGAUGGUAAUGAGGAAGAAGAAGAAAACUCACUUCUGAGUUAUUUGUUUAAUUUUCUGCUUGAGUCUCACAGUGCGAACAGCCAUGCUGUUAGACUUCGAGUGUGCCAGCUUGUUAAUAAGCUUUUGGGAAGUAUGCCAGAAAAUGCCCAGAUUGAUGAUGAUCUCUUUGAUAAAAUUAAUGAAGCCAUGCUAAUUAGACUGAGGGAUAAGAUUCCAAAUGUGAGACUCCAAGCUGUACUGGCAUUGGCUAGACUUCAGGAUCCCAAUGAUGAGAACUGUCCUGUGGUUAAUGUUUACAAUGCUUUGCUUGAAAAUGAUUCAAGUUCAGAAGUGAGGCGUGCAGUGUUGUCAUGUAUUGCCCCAUCAGCUAAGACUUUGCCAAAAAUUGUAGGCCGCACUAUGGAUAUAAAAGAGGCUGUCAGGAAACUGGCAUAUGAGGUUUUGGCAGAAAAAGUUCACAUGAGAGCUUUGUCCAUAGCUCAGAGAGUAAAACUGUUGCAGCAAGGACUUAAUGACAGAUCUGAUGCUGUUAAGGAGGUGGUGCAGAAGAAACUUCUUCAAGCCUGGUUACGGUUGACUGAGGGGGAUGUCCUAGAAUUGCUUCACCGGUUGGAUGUAGAAAACUGCCCCAAAGUGGCUGUCUCAGUGCUUAAUGCCAUGUUUUCGUUAUCUCCACUUAGUGACUUAGUUCAGAACUGCAAAAACCUUGAUAACAGGAAAUUGAUUCCAGUGGAAGAUCUAACUGCUGAGAGUGCUUUAUAUUGGAGAUCCCUUUGUGAGUAUCUAAAAUCAAAAGGGGAAGAAGGUGAAGCUUUGAUGGAGCAGAUUUUGUCAGAACCUGCCACAUAUUCAGAUUAUCUGUUGAGUUACCUUCAGAACAUGCCAGUUCUGAGUGAAGAACAAAGGGAAGAUUUUUCCUGUAUUGAAAACUUGCUGACAAAAGAAUUUAUAGGACAGCAGUUGAUUCUUAUUAUAGGCUGCAUGGAUACCACUGAAGAGGGGGGAAGGAAGCGUCUACUGGCCGUCUUGCAGGAGAUUCUUAUUCUACCUACUACUUCAACAUCCCUUAUAUCUUCACUUGUUGAGAGAUUGCUCAGCAUUAUCAAAGAUGAUGACAGGAGAAUUCAUACUGUUGCAGAAAUUAUCUCAGAGGUUCGUGAGCCCAUUGUUACAGUUGACACUCCUAUAGAUGCAGCUGAAAUAAGAAAGCAACAACUUAAGCUGGCUGAAAUAAAAGUGAAACUUUUGGAAACAAAAGAAGCUUUGGAGGAAUGUGUUACUCUGCAGGAUUUUAAUCGUGCAUUGGUGUUAAAAGAGAAAAUAACAGAGCUGGAAUGCAUCAAGAGUGAUAUGAUAAAAGAAGCCGAACAGCCUGAAAUUAAAGAAAUGCGUGUGGAGAAGAAUGAUCCUGAAACGCUACUGAAGUGUUUACUGAUGUGUUAUGAACUCCUCAAGCAGAUGUCCCUUUCUAAAGAAAUAGGCCCAACAAUGAAUGGGAUCAUUGAAUCCUUGAUACUUCCUGGAAUAACUAAUGUGCAUCCAGCUGUAAGAAAUAUGGCAGUUUUAUGUUUGGGUUGCUGUGCCCUGCAGAACAAAGACUUUGCCAGUCAACACCUUGCAUUGCUGCUACAGGUUUUACAAAUUGAUGAUAUUAAGGUAAAGCGAAGUGCUUUAAAGGCAGUCUUUGACCAGCUGAUGUUAUUUGGGAUAGAAACAUUCAAAGCAAAAAAAGACAAUGAUUCUCACAGUGAAGAAACAGAGAUUAGAAAAAGAGAUUGUGAAGAGGAGGAGACUAAAAUAAAAGAAUUGGAAGAAGAGACUGCCACUGUUCACAACCUCCUACAACUUCUUUCCAGUUUCUUAGACAGCGAGUUUUCAGAACUCAGGACAGAAGCUGCAGAAGGCCUGGCCAAGUUGAUGUUCUCUGGAAGGUUAAUUAGUGCCAAACUUCUUUCUCGUCUCAUUUUGUUGUGGUAUAAUCCAGUGACAGAAGAGGAUACUCAACUUAGACACUGUCUGGGAGUUUUCUUCCCUUUAUUUGCUUAUGCAAAUAGGACUAAUCAGGAAUGUUUUGAGGAAGCCUUUCUUCCAACUCUGCGAACACUGUUUAAUGCUCCUGCAUCUUCACCCUUGGCUGAAGUAGAUAUUGCUAAUGUUUCUGAACUGUUAGUGGACCUGACAAGACCAAGUGGACUGAAUCCUCAGGCCAAAAAGUCCCAGGAUUACCAAGAUUUAACAGUGCAUGAUAGCUUAGCCGUGAAAAUCUGCAAUGAGAUCUUGAUAGACCCAACUGCACCAGAUGUUCGUAUUUAUGCGAAAGCCUUGAGUUCAUUAGAACUCAGCAAAUAUUUCACAAAAGAUCUUCUGGUUCUACUUGAUGAGAUCCUUGAGAAGGUCAAAGAUAAGUUGUGUCAAAGAGUGAUUGAGAAAUUCAAGAUAAAUUUAAGCAAAGGAAAUGAUAUAGACAAAGACCGCUCUGAAGUAGAACAGGAAACUGGCACCACAACAUCUGAGCAUGUUAAUCCAAAUGAGGAAGAAAAGAAUAAAGAAGCUGAUCAAAGUCCUGUUAAUGAACAUAAAGAUAAUGCACCUACAAAGCAGAAAUCUACAAGAAGCAAAGCUACUAGAGGGCAGAGAAAAGUAAACACAGAGGCUAGGUCUGUGAACACAAGAAGAAAUCGUAAAAUGGUAGCGUCUGACAGUGAAAGUGGUGAUGAAGUUCCAGAACCAGUUAUAUUGCCAAGUUCAAGACCUUCAAGACGAGCAAAAACAGCAGCACUCGAGAAAACUCGAAUGAAUCUCUCAAAGCUUCUGAAUGUAGAAGCAGACGAUUGAAGAUGAGCGAGCGAGAGAGAGGUGUCCUUCACGAAAGCCAGCUCUUCACAACAGACUUACAAAAAUGUUUUCUUUUACUGUCAAUCCAGUUUUUUUUAAAUCUUUCUAUAGUUGUUUUAAAAACAUGAAGUUCCCAGGAACUUUACAGUAUUUUAAAUUAGUGUUAAUAUUGACAAUCACUCCUUAGUUAGAUGCAUAUUUUCUGUUUGUGUAAUAAAAGUAUAAAGUCUUACUAAAACUUGAUUUGUGGCUUUUAUCUAUUCCAAAUCACAUUUUCCUUGCUUCUCAGAAAAUGCAUAGGGGAAGAAAAGAGGAAGCAACUUGUUAUAGACUUUCCCUGCGUCUUCAGGCACUAACUAUAGGAUUUUAGGAUUUGCUUACAGAACACAAACAAAGUAGAAUUGAUGCCAUUGCAGCUUUGCAUGUCUUUCAGUUGUUGCCAGACAUCUUUCUGCCUGUAAGUGGCUCUGGAACUUGGGGUUAGUUAUUCUUGCUGGUACUGUUUGAAAGCUUGUAAACCUUUCUUUGAUGCAAUAUUUUAUCCAUUUCCAUAGAAUUUUGAAACCUGUGAUUUGGAUAGAAAUUGAUAAAUGGAUGGAUUUCCUCAUAGAUUCUGUGCGCUGAAGGUUCACUUUGUGAACAUCCACUUUUGUGCCAUAAUUUUUUUGCAAGGACUUGUUUGUUCUUUCUGGAAGAUGUUGGCAGGCUUCCCCAUGCAGUAUAGGACUUAGGUUGGUAAGGAUGUACAUGGGUGAUUUGUAAAACUACUGUUUUAGCAAAGGACAAAAUAGGGCUGUUAGGAGAGGGAUGUGAUUCAACACUUUCUCCCUUCCCACCACCCCAGGUGAUUACUGUUAAG